AGAGCCAUUAUAAAGAAGGCGGGUAGAGGCUCCAGUACAGGUAGAGGGGGGAUGAAGAAGACAUGGCGGACGCUAAACAGAAGCGGAACGAGCAGCUAAAGCGCUGGCUAGGCUCGGAGACCGAUCUGGAACCGCCCUUGCUGAAGAAGAAGAAGACCCGGGUGAAGUUCGACGAGGGCGCGGUGUUUUUAGCGGCCUGCUCGAGCGGCGACACCGAGGAGGUCCUGCGCCUACUGGAGCGGGGCGCCGACAUCAACUACGCUAAUGUGGACGGACUGACCGCUCUGCACCAGGCGUGUAUCGAUGAUAACGUGGACAUGGUGACGUUCCUGGUGGAGCACGGCGCCGGCAUCGACCAGCCCGACAACGAGGGAUGGAUCCCCCUGCACGCCGCCGCCUCCUGCGGCUACAUGGACAUCGCGGAGUACCUGAUCAGUCAGGGUGCCAGUGUGGGCGUGGUGAACAGCGAAGGUGAGACUCCACUGGACAUCGCAGAAGAAGAGGCCAUGGAGGAGCUCCUGCAGAACGAGAUCAACCGACAAGGAGUCGAUAUCGUCGCGGCGAGGAAGGAGGAGGAGCGCAUCAUGCUACGUGACGCCCGCCAGUGGCUAAACAGCGGUCAGAUCAACGACGUCCGGCACGCCAAAUCGGGAGGCACGGCGCUACACGUAGCCGCCGCUAAAGGCUACACAGAGGUUUUAAAACUUUUAAUCCAGGGAGGUUAUGAUGUAAAUAUUAAAGAUUACGACGGCUGGACGCCUCUCCAUGCUGCUACUCACUGGGGGAAGGAUGAAGCCUGCAGGAUCCUGGUGGAGAACAUGUGUGACAUGAACCUCAUCAACAAAGUGGGUCAGACGGCGUUCGAUGUGUCGGAUGAGGACGUCCUGAGUUAUUUAGAAGAAUUACAGAAGAAACAAAGUCAGCUGCUGAGUGAAAAGAAGGAUGUUAAAAAAUCUCCGUUAAUAGAAACGACCAGUAAUGUAGAGAAUAACCAGUCAGGGAAAGAUCUGAUCAAGAGUAAGGACACUGUGUUACUGGAGCCGGAGAACAACGCUCCUCACAUUGAGAACCAGGAGGUGGAGAAGGUGGACGAGGAGCAGGAGGAGCAGGAGGAGGAGGAGGAGGAGGAGGGCAAGAAGGACGAAUCCAGCUGCUCCAGCGAGGACGACGACGACGAAGAUUCAGAGUCUGAGAACGAAGCAGAUAAGAGCAGGUCGUCCGCUCCGGUGAGUAACUCCAUCAGUACCGUCUCCGUCUCCUCGCCCACCGACCCGCCCAGCUCGCCCAGCUCACCCACCUCACCCAGUAAAAAGGUGGGCGUACCUGCUGGUAAGGCGUCGGCUAAGGAGGAGGAGAGGAAGGACGAGUCUCCGGCCUCGUGGAGGUCCGGCCUGAGGAAGACGGGCAGCUACGGGGCGCUGGCGGAGAUCAGCGCCGCUAAGGAGGCGCAGAAGGAGAAGGAUCUGAGUGGAGUGAUGCGCUCGGCCUCGUCACCUCGCCUCUCCUCAACACUCGAUAACAAGGAGAAGGAGAAGGAGAAGGAAAAGACUCGGUUGGCAUACGUGGCUCCCACCAUCCCCCGGAGACACACAAGCACGUCUGACAUCGACGAGAAGGAGAACAGGGACUCGGCGGCUAGUCUGGUGCGCAGCGGUUCCUACACGCGCAGGCGCUGGGACGAAGAAUCCAAGAACAACGACGGAACCUCCCUGAACCGAACAUCCAGCUACCAGCGCAGCCCGUCACACACUCUAACCCUCGGCCGGAGCAGCAGCUCUCGCGACCUUCCUGCAAAAUCCUCCUCCGCUUCCAGCCUGGAGCCUAACAGCACUAGAGCCUCCUCAUCCUACUACCAGUCUUACAGUGUACACCGCAGCGGCUCGUUCGGACGGAGGCAGGACGACGCUGCCGGCUCCGCCUCCUCCACUCCUACUGUUACUACGACGACAAGCUCCUCCUCCACUACCUCCAUUACCUCACCUACAGGUCACCGCAGUCUGUCCAGGCACUGGCCGGAGGACGGCGCUGAGAAAGAGAAGGAGUCGGCGGCCGUCAUUCCUAACGUCAACACCGCGGCCACCACCACACACACUACGGCGGGCGACGGCCGGGAGAGACGCAGGUCGUACCUCACUCCGGUGCGUGACGAGGAGUCCGAGUCCCAGAGGAAGGCCCGGUCCCGGCAGGCCCGACAGUCCAGGAGAUCCACACAGGGCGUGACUCUCACCGACCUGCAGGAGGCGGAGAAGACGAUCGGCCGGACCCGCCCCACUCGCUCCAGAGAGGAGGAGAAGGACAAAGAGGAGAAGGAGAAGCAGGACAAGGAGAAGAAGGAGACGGAGACCAAGGAGGACGACUACCGAUCACGCUACCGCUUCGAGGAUCGCUACCGCACCUCGUCCCUGAGCUCCUCCACCACAGCGCCGUCGUCCACCCUGGGCUCUUCGUCCCUCUACACCUCCUACUCGUCCUCCUCGCUGAACCGACCCGACAGCCUGAGCGGAAUCACGCCCAGCUACAGGAGCUCCGCCCGCGACACCGAGAAAGAGCUGGAGAGGAAGGAGGAGGAGAAGGACGGAGAUGAUAAAACUCAGGCUCGCACUAUACGUGAACGCCGGCGUCCCCGAGAGAAACGGCGUUCCACUGGAGUCUCGUUCUGGACCCCUGAUAGCGACGAGAACGAUCAGGAGCAGCAUUCCGACUCGGAGGAAGGAAGCACUAAAGCAGAACCUCAGGUUCCACAUAGUGACCGACUGUCGAGAAGCGAGCUGUCGUCCUCUGGAUCUUCUCUCUCGGAGCGCUCCGAUUUCCGCCGGCCGUACUCGCGACUGGACCGAGACCACAGCACUGAUUAUAAGAAGCUUUAUGAACAGAUCCUGUCUGAGAACGAGAAGCUGAAGGUUCAGUUACGUGAUUCUCAUCAGGAGCUGGAUGAUCUGAAGAGGCAGCUGGAGAGAGCCACACAGAGACAGGAACGCCUGGCUGACAGGUCACAGUUGGAGAUGGAGAAAAGGGAAAGAAGAGCUCUAGAAAGGAAGAUCUCCGAGAUGGAGGAAGAACUGAAGACGCUACCAGACUUGAAAGCCGACAACCAGAGGCUAAAAGACGAGAACGGCGCACUGAUCCGAGUCAUUAGCAAACUCUCCAAAUAGAGCAGCGCCCCCUGUCCUCACGCUGCGGGUACUGCACUCCCGCAAACCUGAGCGACUCGCAGCCGCCGCACCCCAUGCACCCUCCACCACCUCUUUCUAUUAUCACCCGCCCUCCCUCGCUCGCCCCCUCGCUUCACUCGUCCCGAACGCUCUCGCCCCCCUGUCUGUUUAAUCUGCUGCUGCCACACACUCGCACACACACACACACUCGCACACACACACUCGCACACACACACUCGCACACACACAGUUUACAGGUGUGAGACCGAUUAAACACGGUUGUUUGCACCGAAAUCGCAAAUAAAGCAAAAUCGGCUGUUCUCAUUUUAUUAACUCUCUCUCUCUGUAUCUGUAUACCUCUCUCGCCCAUCUCUCUCUCUCUGUAUCUGUAUACCUCUCUCGCCCAUCUCUCUCUCUCCCUCUGUAUCUGUAUACCUCUCUCGCCCAUCUCUCUCUGUAUCUGUAUACCUCUCUCGCCCAUCUCUCUCUCUCCCUCUGUAUCUGUAUACCUCUCUCGCCCAUCUCUCUCUCUCCCUCUGUAUCUGUAUACCUCUCUCGCCCAUCUCUCUCUGUAUCUGUAUACCUCUCUCGCCCAUCUCUCUCUCUCCCUCUGUAUCUGUAUACCUCUCUCGCCCAUCUCUCUCUCUCCCUCUGUAUCUGUAUACCUCUCUCGCCCAUCUCUCUCUGUAUCUGUAUACCUCUCUCGCCCAUCUCUCUCUCUCUCUCUGUAUCUGUAUCCCUCUCUCGCCCAUUUAUCUCUCACCUUGAAACCACGCCCCCUCCCUUACCGUUAGUUCCGUCCCCCCUUUAUCCCAAAAGCCCCGCCUUGUUUUUACCUAUUUUCUUUGAUCUUUAUCAUUUCCUUUUAUGUCAGGAUGUAAGGAGCCACGCCUUCAUUUCCUUCUUUUUGUUCUCCAAUCAGUCUUCAUUUGGUUUCAAAGCCCCGCCCCUUCUUUCGCUUCUGCCUUUAAUGCUGUUUUUACGUAUAGGCCACGCCCCUUCCCCAAUUUAUAUUUAUACAAUUUAUUCCUCUCAUUGAAGCUCCCAAAAAAGCCCCGCCCCUUUUCUUCACCUCUUUUCUUUGAUCUUUAUCAUUUCCUUUGAUGUUAGGAUGUAAGGAGGCACACCUUUGUUUAGCCCCCAAAGCCCCGCCCCUUCUACAUAUAGGCCACGCCCCUUGUUUCACAAGCCCUGUCCAUUUCCUCUCACCUUUACCUUUACAGUUUCCAAAGCCCCGCCCCUUGUCUCACUUUUGCCUUUCAUGCUGUUUCUACUUAUAGGCCCUUUCCUAAUUGGUGUUUACCCACAAGCCCCACCCAUUUUACUCACCUUUGCCCCGCCCCUUUUCCUUUUUAUUAGCCCAUCCACCAGAAGCCCCACCCAUUUUCUAUUAAUCUAGCCACUUAGAUUCAUUUUAUACGAUGAUUAACAUACCAGAAGCCACGCCCCCUUUCCAUAGUUUGAUUCCCUCUCUUUUCCUUUUCACGUCCCUUUGAAGUCCGGCUCUGUUCCUCCUGCUCUCGUGAUUUCGGUCAUGUGCUUCGCCUCUCGUCUCUAAUCAAACCCUCCUUCCUCCUUUUAUUUAUCUUUUCCAAACUUCAAGCUCCGCCCAUUUCCUGUUUCCCCAUGGCUGACUUCUCUUCCCUUUUAUCUCUCCUUUUAUCUCUGUGCUGGAAGUCCCGCCUCCUUUUCUUUUUGUUUUGGUGGCGCAGCGGAUUUCCCAGCAUUCAUUAGUGCUGGUGCACGAAACCUGAUCUCACACACACACACACACACACACACACACACACACACACACACACACACACACACACACACACACACACACACACACACACUAGAGCUCUUACUGAAUGUGCAAUACGGCUGGUUUUUAUCCACACACUCGGCCCUGCAGUAAACGGUUCUCGUCCUCACGGUUUUACUCCCUCCCUUACACCCUCGUACUUUCGCUUCGGUACCGACCUGAACCUCCCUAAAUUAUUUUCAGUUCCCCCCCUCAGUGUCGCCCUUUAUUCCCUCCUUUGCUUUUCUCAUUAUGUUCCCAUCACUCGUGCUGUCACCUCUCACCUUUGUGUUACGGUUCCUGUCAUUUUCUCUGAUUUAUUUCCUCUCCUCGUCCCUUCAUCCAGCCCCCGACCUUCUACCUGUCAGAUUUAUCGUUCUUUAGUCUCUCUCUUCUCCCUCGUCCCUCGAUUUUCCCGUUUCCUUUCCCCCGAGUGAGUGAAAAGACUUCAAAUGAGGCUGAAGAGAGAAAGUGAUCCGGGCUUCGGACGACGUGAUUGGACGAAGGUGUGAUGCUGACUCCUGUUCUCGUGAACGCCUUCGCAGUACGAAAAGCGCCUGAAGCGUUAAAAAAAAAAUGCAGAAUGAAUUAUUUCGGGGUGAAGUUGCACUUCAGAUCACGGAUCAGAUUCUGAAUUGUGUAAAAUCUUCACAAACUCACGAAAGUGGCGCAGCAGAGGUUCAAAUCUCCGCUCUGCUACCGGCAGGCUGGGCGCCUACAUGAGCGAUCCAGGGGGAUUCCUCAUAACCGCCGUAAUCACUCCCUCUGCUGGCUGAUCGAUGGCUUCACAGAGACGGGGAUAAUGGAGAUCAGGGUGUGUAUGAACCUGUAUGGUGCAGGUGAAAAGAAGCGGUGGUGCUGCACACGUGUCGGAGGGGGCGUGUGCCAGUCACGACUCGGGAGUGGAGGUCUGUAGAGAGGAGGUGCAAUGCAAUCGGGAAACUGGAUAUGACUAAAUUGGGAGGAAAAUUGAAAGUCAACCUUUAUAACCUUAUAUGUAGGAUGUUCUGGUCGGGAUUUAAGGCAUCGACAGGAUUGCAUGAUCAAACUGAAGGCCAAAAAUGAUGGGAACCAUCUGCAACUAGAUGCGAUUCACAAAUUUGUGGACACGCCUAGAAACUUAACCCUCGUCCCAUAGUCACGAUAUUUCGGGUUUAGGAUGGACGGCAUCGUCAGGAUUGCGCAAUCGAACACUGAUGAAACGAUCAGCAUCUACUGUCCAAUCAAAUCGUUCUGAAAACCAAAGUCCAUCCCAAAAAAUAUAGAACAUCGUACUUGGGAUAUUUUGGUCGGGUUAGGAUUGCGCAAUCAAACAGAAGCCCAAGAAGUCUGUGGACACGCCUAGAAACUUAGCCCUCGUCCCAUAGUCUCGAUAUUUCGGGUUCAGGAUGGACAGCCCCACAAUGAUGGAACAAUCUGCAUCUAUAAGAGGUUCAGAAGUCUGUGGACACGCCUGCAAAAGUAAAAGCUUCCCAGUAGAAACUCGUCCCAUAGUCACGAUAUUUCGGGUUUAGGGUGGACGGCAUCGUCAGGAUUGCGCAAUCGAACACGAUGAUGAAACGAUCAGCAUCAACUGUCCAAUCAAAUCGUUCUGAAACCCAAAGUCCAUCCCAAACCGAGGCCAAAAAAUUAUGGAACCAUCUGCAACUAGAUGCGAUUCACAAGUUUGUGGACACGCCUAGAAAUUUAGGACUCGUCUUGUUACGAUAUUUUGGGUUUAGGAUGGAAGGCGGGGUUAGGAUUGCGCAGUCGAACCGAAGUCCAAAAAUGAUGGAACCAUCUGCAACUAGAUGCGAUUCACAAGUUUGUGGACACGCCUGGAAAUGUAGCCCUCGUCCCAUAGUCACCAUAUUUCAGGUUUAGGAUGGACGGCAUCGUCAGGAUUGCGCAACCGAAUCAGCAUCCUACUGUCCAAUCAAAUCGUUCUAAAACGAAGCUCGUACUUGGGAUAUUUUGUUUGGGAUUGAAGGCAUCGCCAGACUUGCACAAUCGAACCGAAGCCCAAAAAUGAUUCACGAGUCUGUGGACACGCCUGGAAAUGUAGCCCUCGUCCCAUAGUCUCGAUAUUUUGAUUAGAAUAUCGCGGUGGAUCCGAAUGAGUCCGGACUGGAGUUAUUUUUCACUCACUGGGACCUUCGUUCUCCCGUCCUUUAACUUCUGACCUGUUAUCUACCCCCCGUGUGUGUGUGUGUGUGUGUGGUGGGGGGUGCAGGUACUGAGUGAAGCUGUAUAUAAUCCCCGAGGCGAACACACGGCGGCAUGCGUCCACGCUUCCCGUUUGCGUUCGGUAGACGAUAAACGCCGCGGCUUUUUAACCCUGUUUCAUAGCGCCGUGGAGUAACCGGGAGCGGGGCGCGUCCCAGUGCAUCCUUUUGUUUUGGUUUGUUGUUUUAUUUUUAAAGAAAUAAAUAUUCACGGUAAUUGUGAGAUGCGAAUAAUAUAAAGACUUCACUACUAUCACUACCACGUCGAGUGCUGUCCGUAUUUUAUUUGGUUCUUCCUCCGUGCAUCCCAGUCUAGAUAGUGCCGACCCCGCCCGUUUAUGUUUGUUUUCUUUAUUUUAUAUUUAAAGGAAGUAAGAGAGCAUCACGCACGCACGCACAUGCACGGUCGAUGUUUUAUUUUAGCGAGUCGGAUCAUCGGAUCAAAUCCCAUUUUAUGCAUUUCAGUGGCCUUUUAAGACGAACACGCUGUAGUUUAAACAGAGGAGGUUUUUUAAAGGAAAUAAGGACGUUGUUGAUGCUCUCCGGUUUAGGUUUUUACAGGUUUGUUUUUUAUCUUAUCGUUUCCCCCUUUAUUAUUAUUAUUAUUAUUAUUUUGUUUUGUUUGUUUUUUUAAUUUCCCAUCAUUGUAAAAUAGAUGUGUGGCUUCUACAUGCGAGCUGUGCUGUGACUACAACCACUGAGAGUUCAUUUAAAUAAAGUUGUACAUUGUAAAAAUC